UAUGUAGUUAGGAAGAGCUGACUGCUAAAGAGAAAAUGGCAUCUCUAGAAAAAGCUGAUGAUGCCUCGUCACCCAUCCGAGGACCCGGAGAUGGCAUGGAAACAGAGCAGACGGCUGAAUCCGUGGAAGUAAUCACUGGAACCAACACUAUGAACCAUCACAUCCGCCACAGCCCACAUAAAAAGGCAGUCUCUUCCCUGAGUCCUGGAGUUCUGCAGCUAGGGAAAGUACCUGCUGAUAAAUCAGUGGAGAUUGAAGCUAUUCGUAUAUUAGUCCCCAAAGCAGCUAUUGCCCAUGUUGUUCCAAGUAAAAGUGCUAAGGUAGCUAAAUCAGCAGGACAUAAAGGAGACUCAUUCCAUCAGUCAGAUGGACCCGCAGAUCCCAAGAAAGAACAGACAGAGCUGAAGAAUGCAAUUGAAAAGCUAAAGAAUUCAGAAAAGCGGUUGUUACAGGAUAAAGAAGGUCUCUCUAAUCAGCUACGCAUACAGACAGAGGUGAAUCGGGAGCUGAAAAAAUUGCUUGUUGCUUCUGUUGGGGAUGAUCUGCAGUAUCACUUUGAACGGAUGGCUCGUGAGAAGAAUCAGCUAAUCCUAGAAAAUGAAGUCCUGGGCCGGAAUCUGUCUCAGUUGUCUGAACAGUUAGAGCGCAUGUCUAUACAGUGUGAUGUGUGGCGAAGCAAAUUCCUGGCAAGCAGGGUUAUGGCUGAUGAGCUAACCAAUACCAGAGCAAUUCUUCAGCGUCAAACCAGGGAUGCACAAAGUGCAAUCCAGGACUUGCUGAAUGAACGUGAUCAGUUCCGUCAAGAGAUGAUUGAUACACAGAAGCUGCUGGAGGAGCUGAUGGUUUCUCUUCAGUGGGGGAGACAACAGACAUACUAUCCGAGUGCCCAGCCUUACACUACAACAGAGCUAGCAGCUGUGAAUUGUAAGCUAGCCAAAGCUGUAAGCUCACAUCUCCUUGGAAAUGUUGGCACUAAUAGUCCAAAAAAGACUUCAACAGCUGUGGAGUUCUGCAACACCCCUGCUGAGAAAAUGGCUGAAAUGGUGCUACGUGUACUGGAUCCAGCUGCACGUACAGAAACAUCAACAGAACUUUCUUUUUCUGAGACUUCCCCAUCUUCCUUCCUUUCCACAAAGAAGAAUAUUGGAAGGUUUCACCCAUAUACAAGAUAUGAAGAUGUAACUUUCAAUUGUUGCAAUCACUGUCAAGGAGAGCUGAUAGUCCUUUAAAAGCGCUGCCAAUGCAACUGCAUAUGCACUCUUUCUAAAGAAUUACACUAGUUGAUGUUCAACAGGCUUCCCUUUUUCCUGUUUCCUUCCAUGAUGGCUGGGUUUAACAUUGGAAAUUAUACAGUUUCUGCUUCUGUACCCCGUGAAGUUAGGGACUGACAGGAUUUCCUUAGCCUCUGGGAUACUUCUACUACUUUUUAG